AUGGCAUCAUGGACUCGAUGGACGCUCUGGUGUGCUGGGCUGGCAGUCUCCCCUUCCCGUGUCCUCCAGAAGUUUCUGGGAGCCAUGUUCCUCUUGUCUGUAUUGAUAAUGGGUGUGUCCACCUUCGCCGUGCAGUCUGAGGAGCACAUGGGGGCUGCAGGAAGCUGCCGAUUUCAUGGCAGGCACCCCAAAACGAGGUUCCAGCUAGAAGGGGAGCCUUUGGUCUUGAGGUGCCCCCAGGUGCUCCACUGGGAGUCUACCAGCGCCCAUGUCAAUGUGACUUGGCGUAGGAAUGACUCCGCCGCAGCAGUCCCAGGGGAAGAAGAGUCGCGCGUGUGGGUCCAAGACGGAGCUCUCUGGAUCGUGCCAGCCUCCCGGGCAGACUCCGGCUCCUACAUCUGCACCACCAGAAAUGCCUCUUACUGUGACAAAAUGUCCGUUGAGCUCAGGGUUUUCGAGAAGACAGACGCCUCGGUGCCUCUCAUCUUCUACCCACAAAUCAUACCCUUGUCAGCCUCUGGGCUACUAGCUUGUCCUGAUCUGAGCGAGUUCAUCCGUAACAAUGCUGACGUGAAGAUUCAGUGGUACAAGGAUUCUGUCCCUUUGGAUCAAGACAACCAGAAGUUUCUCAGUGUGAGGGGAACUCGCUUACUCGUAAACAAUGUGUCCAUGGAGGACGCAGGCUACUAUACCUGUGCCAUGCCGUAUGCCCACAAAGGCAGGCAAUACAACAUCACCAGGAAUAUCAAACUCCAAGUUAAGAAACGAGAGGAGGAGACCAUUCCUGUGAUCAUCUCUCCCCACCAGACCAUCUCAGCCUCGCUGGGGUCAAGGCUGACAAUCCCAUGUAAGGUGUUUCUGGGAGCCGGCAUACACACAACCACUCUGCUGUGGUGGACAGCCAACAACACCCGCAUAGACGAUGCCUACCACGGGGGCCGCGUGACCGAGGGGGAGCGCCAGGCAUACUCAGAAAACAAUGAGAACUACAUUGAAGUGCCACUGAUUUUUGAUCCUGUCAGAAGAGAGGAUUUGCACACGGAUUUUAGAUGUGUUGUCCGUAAUACAAUGAGUUCCCAGACGCUUCGUACCAUGGUCAAAGAAGCUGCCACGUUCUCCUGGGAGAUCAUGCUUGCCCCCCUGUCCCUCAUCGUCUUGGUACUGGGGGGCAUAUGGAUGCACAGACGGUAUAAACGCAGAACUGGAAAAGCCUAUGGUUUGAUGGAGUUAAAGACUGGCCAUCCAGACUCGCAAUCCUAUCCAAGUAAAAUAAAGGAAAUAAAAUAG